AUGUCGAUUUGGGAUCCAAUGAAGAAAAUCAAGAUGAAGACCUUUACUACAUGCAGGAAGAAGACACAAUGCAAAGUCGGAAACAAGCUGGUAAAGUUAAGGGAAGAUGGACAGCUAUUGGCAAGAUUUCUCUUAGUUCAACAGUCACGGCCAAGUAUGAUCCAAUCUCUGAACGACACUAUUGGUAGAUAUGAGUUUUCUGUCAUUCCCAGGUCACUUUUCUCCUCGGAUGGUCUUCUUCUUAUACCAGCUGACAAGAGUUCUUUUGUGCAUGCCAUUGAAGAGUGCAGCAUAGAGCUAUCAAGUGAACAAAAUUCAACAUUCGAUGUACCCAGUACUGUUGAGAGCCGAAACAAGCUGUGCAUUAUUGAUGCCAUGACCAUCGUCCAAGCUAUCAAGAAAGGUCCGAUAGAAAGGUCCGAUAGAUUCCCCAAAAAGAUAAUAUCUGGGUAUGACGAAGGACGCGUGAUCUUUGACAGAUACUUGGACAACUCUCUGAAAGCUCACACGCGUAGCAAAAGAUCUACUGGUAUUGACCCCGUGAAGUGCGAUAUUAACGAUGCAAUAAAUAUCAAACUUGUACCUCUGAAAACCUUGCUUUCUCACAUUGAAACAAAAUCUAAACUGACAGAAUACUUGGGGAAAGCGGUACUUCGUGAAUAUGCAGACAGCAAUAAAAGUUUGGUGGUUGUCUAUGGAACCUGGACAUAUUGCAACAAACCGAAUGUCGUUGAUCCUAAUAUCAUUGAACACUCACACGAAGAGGCAGACACAUUGAUCCCAAUGCAUGUAUUUGAUGCAUCGAAAACUGAUGGAGACACCCGAGAUAUAGAUGUGUAUUCACCGGAUACAGAUGUCUUCGUAUACUUGAUGGACUUGUUCUCAUCCAACAAUAUUGCAGGUCAGGUUCGGUUCAUUACUGGGAAAGGAAAAGCGAAGAUAACGAUUGACAUACGGACAAGAUGUGAAGCAGUUGGAACCGAGAAAAGUAAAGGUCUACUAGGGCUCCACGCCUUUAGCGGUGCUGACUGGGGAGGGAAAUUUGCAGGUAUAUCAAAGGACAGGUGGAUAAAUCGCUAUCUAACUUUGGAAUCAGAUUCCGAUGCAGUUGAUAUUUUCAGAAAUUUGGUGAGGAUGAUUUUGACCAGGAAAGCGUGUCAAAUGUUCUAGAAUCAUUUGUGUGCGAGGUGUAUGCCAAGAAUAGCAAAUGCCGAACACUUGGGGAACUGAGAUGGGAACUAUUCAGAACAAAGAAUCUUGAGUCGGAAAAGUUGCCACCCACUCUUGGAGCACUGAAACCGCACAUUCAGAGAGCCAAUGCUAUAUCGACAAUCAACAAAGGCUACAGAAAGCCACGCCCGCAAACACCACUACUGACUGAUAAUGGAUGGGAGACUAUAUCCGAUGGCACAAUUUCUCCAAAGAAAUGUCUUGAACCACCAGCACCUGAGUCAGUUGUAGAGCUUGUCAAGUGCGGAUGUCGUAGUGAGCGCAGUACAGCUCGUUGCUCCUGCCACAAGAAUAACUUACCCUGCACACCACUUUGCAAAUGUGGUGACUGCAACAACGCUAGUGACAUUGACGUACCAGAUCAGGAUGAAGACAUUGAUGAAUAA